GCCUUUUUCUCUGAGACUGUGAUGCUUGCCGGUGUCAUUUCUUCACGUCCGAAAUCUUGGCUUGUUGGUUCACCACUCGCUCACUACGCCUUGGCGGCUCGUCACCGUCACAUCCCCUCUGAUGCCAGUUUUCCGAUCAAACUUCUACUGUCUGCGACGGAUUGUCUCGACCGUCGCCGAUUUCCGUAUCAUUCUACAGCUACAGGAUUGAAUGUCUCUGCAUCUGCCAUAUCCGCAUCCGCAUGGCAUGCUAUCAUUCCGGCCGGAAAUGGUCGGGGAAAACACAACCUCAGACCGGCCGGCGAGGGCUCAUGGAACGUUGCUUGGGAUGUCCGUCCUGCGCGAUGGCUUCACCGUCCUUAUACGGCUUGGCUUCUUUUCGGCAUCUGCGCUUGCCUUGCGGCGCCGCCCCUAGAGUUUAAUGAAACCUCUUCGGAGCCCGUCAUCGCCGAUGACAUCAAAAUCAAUGGGAAUUGUAUCACCACUACUUCUGAAAACUCAAUGAACUAUAGAAUAACAGGCGUUCCAGCAGAUGGGAGAUGUUUAUUUAGAGCAAUAGCUCAUUUGGUUUGCUUGAGAAAUGGCGAAGAGGCUCCUGACGAGAAUCGACAGAGAGAACUUGCUGAUGAAUUAAGAGCUCAAGUUGUUGAUGAGCUCCUGAAAAGACAGAAAGAGAUUGAAUGGUUUAUUGAGGGAGACUUUGAAGCCUAUGUAAAAACAAUCGAGAAACCUCAUGUAUGGGGUGGAGAACCUGAGUUAUUGAUGGCUUCUCAUGUUCUAAAGACCAAAAUAUCUGUGUUCAUGUUGGAGAGGAGCACAGGAAAUUUGUUAAAGAUUGCAACAUAUGGUAAAGAGUAUGAAGAGGAAGAGGAAAAGAAGAGGUCAAUCAAAGUUCUGUUUCAUGGGUAUGGACAUUAUGAUAUAUUGGAAGACAUAUGAUAUAAAAAGUUGUCAUAUUUAAUAACCAAAAGGGGAGCAGAUACUGACUAAAUCAUUUCAAGCAACGAAGACAUUCUUCACAGGUUUGAGUUGGUUCUUAGCACAGGGGGCUGAAGCAAAGCUCAAGCAAAAGCAAAAAGCAAUAUGCUUGUUUGCAUUUUUGUGUAGAUUCGAUUCCUUUCUUUCUUUGUCUGAAGGCUCACAACUUGUUUUUUUUUUUUUUUUUUAAGGUUUGUGUUAGUAAUUUUUCGUAAUUCAUUUCUGCAAGGUAAAACAUAAGUAGUGUGACUCUGAGGAUAGGGUUAAAAACACAAAAAGAGUUCAUGUCUGAAGCACAUUUAGAAGUGAAUUAGGUUUCUUAAU